AUGGAGUUCCCCACACUCGGCGAGCACUGCCAGAACAAAGAAUGUAACCAAGUAGACUUCCUACCUCUUCAAUGCAAAUGUGGAAAAGUUUUUUGCCGCAAUCAUUUUAAUAUUCAUUGUACAUCUGGAGACUGCGAGCUGGCGCCAAAGCCUAAGGAAGUUAACUUACAAAAUGACGAUCAAAUAUACAGGUGUUCAUAUUCCGGUUGCAAGAAAGGAAAUCUACAUGAAAUGCUGUGUCAUAAGUGCAAUAAGCAUUAUUGUAUUGACCAUAGAUUUCAUGCGUCUUGUCCAGAAAUAGAUGAUGAAACAAUGGCAGCUAAAAUAGAGCAGUUCGAAGCACCAAGACGCCAGUUCCAAGAGGCAAAUAAACUCCUUCAAGGAAAGAUUACAGAAAAUAUAAGGAAAGCAUUACAAUCAUCAGCUAAAGUGAAAACGGCAUCUAAAAUCCAUUUGAUGAGAGUAAAGCAGAAGGCUUUAGGUCCUAAAUCAAUUUCAGUGUCUGAUAGAGUAUAUUUUGCAGUCAAAAAACCUAUAUCUGUAGAACCAAAAGCAGUCAAAAUCAUUCAAGAUAUAAACAAUAUAAAAUCCUUAGAAUCUGUAUCAUUGGAACCGGAUUUAAAAGAUACUGUGCCACUAUUUAUUUCGACUAAGUGGAGUCUCGGGAGAGCUAUUGACAGUAUUUGUGACACAUGUAAUAUUAAAAAUGAAAAUAAUAAAAUGGGACAUACUAAAGUAAGGCUAUAUCGACAGUUAGAUGGUUAUUGCAUAAGUCCUUUAAAAAUGGAUGUAGAAAUAUCAGAGCUAUUAAAAAAUGAAGUUUUAUUAGAGGGAGAUAGGUUAGUUGUUGAGUAUAUUGAUACUAAUGUUAUAAAUAAUUUAGAAGAUACAGCACAAUUAUUUUUAAGU